CUUUACUCUACUACCUAAGUAUUGAAACAAAGAGAUACAGAUGGAACCCUCAUUCUCUAAACAUUUCUUCACUUCUUCUCUCAUAGUGUUACUCUUCACUACGUGCAGCAUAUUCUCCUCAGUCUCAGCUGCUAGAGACCUUGCUCCCAAAACCAAUACCGAAUUCAUCGAAACAUCAUGUGGUGCAACAACCUAUCCAAAACUAUGCCUUGCUUCCUUGUCAAGCCAAGCAAGUGUCAUCCAAAGAAGUCCUAAACUUAUAGCUUGUGCUGCACUCAAUGUCACGCUUUCGUCUGCUAAAUCGACAUCUGCGAUGAUGUUGAGGCUCUCACACGGUUAUGGCAUGAAGCCUAGAGAAGCUGCAGCCAUGAGGGACUGCGUCGAAAUGGUGAGUGACUCGGUGGACGAGAUUCAGAGGUCUAUUUCCGAGAUGGUUAACUUUAGAAGUGCUGGUUUUGAGAUGAUGAUAAGUGAUGUACAAACUUGGGUUAGUGCUGCCUUAACAGAUGAGAGCACCUGCUCGGAUGGGUUUGCUGGAAAUGAAUUGAAUGGGAAUUUGAAGACUGUUGUGAGGGGUCGGAUUGUGAAGAUUGCACAAUUGACUAGCAAUGCCUUGGCUUUAAUCAACAGAUACGCCUCGGUUCAUGGUUGAAUUCGAUCAAGAUGUUUACAGUGGUUGUAUGUGAGAAUUGAAUGUAUUUUAGUUGUGUUUGUUCCAAUAUAUAAAUUGAAUCCCUCAGACUGAACAAGUUUCCUCUGAGAAUUAUAUGUGAUUGAGAUGUGACUGCUAGCUUUUGAUUCAUAUAAGAGAAGAGCCAUAUGACCGAAAGAU